AUGUGUAAAAAAACCCAAGUCAAGGGAUUUGUUUAUCGUUGUUCGCCUUGUGAGGUUGCCCUUCAUAUAACAUGUGCUGAGCUACCAACUAAAAUUAAGCACCUUUGCCACCGUAACCAUCCUCUCUUUCUAAAAUUCGAUCCAGAAUCUCUUCCUUGCCAAAUCUGUCAAAAAACCCAAGAUCAAGGGCUUGUUUAUUGUUGUUCCAUAUGCAAGUUUAAGCUUCAUAUUGAUUGUGCAUCCCCACCACCUAUUAUUAAAGGUGAAAUUCAUGAGCAUCCAUUCACCUUGUUCUGGAAGCAAGUCCCAUUCAUUUGUGAUGCAUGUGGUACAACGGGGAAUUGUGCUUCUUAUACUUGUUAUAAAUGCAGUCUUACAAUCCAUGAAAAAUGCAUUUCAUUGCCACCCAUCAUCAAAUUUCCACGACAUCGUCAUCGGCUUUCCCACACCUUCAUCCUUGGGCAAUAUGAGAUGAAAACAUGGAUAUGUGAAGCUUGCCCUGAAGAGGUAAAUGCACAGCAUGGGGUUUAUUGUUGUUCUGAUUGCAAUUACAUUGUUCAUGCGGAUUGUGUACAAGAAUAUAGUUGGUUCUCAUUCGAUGAUUUGGAAUACAUGGAUGAGGAUCUUAACGAGAAGUCGGCCUUCGCUGUUAUCAGAGUGACUAAACUUGGAGAAGACAUUGUAAUAGCUUCAGAGAUAAAGCAUUUGAACCAUCAGCAUAACUUGGUUCUAAGCAAUGAUUCUAAGGGUCAUAAAGUUUGUGAUGGUUGUAUGUUAUCCAUCUCAACUUUAUUUUACUGUUGUUCACAAUGUGAAUUCUUUCUCCAUAAAUCAUGUGCAGAAGCACCUAAAAAGAAAUACCUUUGUUUCAGCGUCACCAAAGUCCCCUUACCUUGACCUCAAAUCACAUUUUCCGUUGUCCACGAUGCUUCUAUUGGUUCAAUGCUAGUUUUUCAUACAAAUGCAAUACUUGUGAGGGUUAUAGAUGCCUUGCAUGUGCUCUAAUUUCUGAUACUCCCACAUUUCAAGGGCAUAAA